AUGUCAAAUUCAUCCAAUCAACAUGAGCAACUAUCAAACUUUAUUGAUAACCAAAUUGAUAUCAUAAAUGAUUCAACUUCUCCAAAUAAAUCAAUUCAACAUGGUAUACCUGAAGAAGUAUUAAGACUGGUAAAUUCAAGGCUGCAACUUUUACGUAUGCAAAAUGUUAGUCAAAUGGCAAGAGAUAUAAUUACAAGGAAUGUUAUAGAUAUGGAAUAUGACCGGAAUUUAGAAGAACGAAAGGAGAUUAUUAAAACACUUUAUCAUAGAAACAUUCUAAAAUCAAAUAAUGUUAUAAAUUCAUAUGGUCUUGACCCAAAUGGUAAUCCUAAUAAUGGUUAUUAUGACAUGGACUAUUUGAUUAAUAAUAUCUAUAAACUACCAGAACUAGUGACCACUGAGACAGAUGCUGAAAAUCAAUUAAAAGAAUACAAAAUAUUAAGAGAGGAAUUGAUAAAUCAUUGUCGUGCAAUUAAAAUUGGUGAAGAUGAAUUAGAUAAAUUAAAGUUACAAUGUAGUAAAUUAGAUGCUUUAAGAUCUUCCAUUAUUGAAACUAUGGGCACAGAUGAUAUCAAAGAAUACAUUACUAUAUAUAAUAAAAAAAUUACUGAAGAAUUAGAAGAAUUAAUAUAUAAUCUGGAAAUCAAACUUAAAUCUGUUGAUCCGAAGGAUAAGGACCAGAUAAAAAGAUUACAAUCCAUUUUAAAUGAAUUAAAAUAA